AUGGCUGCUUACGCCGACGAAAGAUCCCCGCUGCUUGCGACGAUGAAUGAGCACGAAAAUGAGACUGAAGUAAACGCACGAAAUGAGUCAUCGCCUCUCUUGGGAAAUCGAAGAGACUCUGUUACAGAUGGCGACCACGAACAUCACCAUGACACCUCAGCAGAUUAUCCACAUAAAAGCGAGGCGCCGCAUCGGAAACGAAGAUGGCCGUCUCUUAUUGCCAUGGUCAUCCUGGCCUCGUUAGUCAUAGUGGUUAUGGUCCUCGGCUUUGUUGUGCCGCCGGCCGUCCAGCAAUACGUCGAGAGUGCAGUCGUAUUGGAGCCAACAGACUUGUCAAUUGAAUCGUUGACGGCCGACGGGGUUCGUGCUCGUGUGAAGGCCACGUUCCACCUUGACGGGUCAAGAGUCAAAGAUGAGAAUGCGCGUCGUGUUGGGAGACUUGCUACGGGAAUUAUGAGACAGCUUGGUACUGCCGCGACCAAACUGCGCGUGCAUUUGCCUCACUACGGCAAUGCUCUUCUCGGUACUGCAGCCCUGCCGCCCAUCACACUCAACCUUGUAGAUGGCCAAGUCACAAACCUGGAUUUUGUCACCGAAAUUGCUCCCGGCGGCACGGACACGAUGCGAAAGGUGGUCAACGAGUGGCUCAAAGGAAAUCUCGAGACACUCAAGGUUACGGGAGCCACUGCACUCAGCUUGAAAUCGGGCAUCUUCCCACUGGGAACUCAUGACGUUUCAGAAUCUAUGGUAUUUGAAGCCAAUGAGUUUCCGUCCAUACCCGAGUAUUCCAUGCAGAGUCUCGUUUUCCAUGACGUUCCUACUGGUGACAAUGGCCAGAUGGGAGUUGGCGCAAACGUGUCCAUGACGGCCUACAAUGAAUUUCCGGUCGGUUUGACCGUCCCAUCUCUCGGAUUCGAAGUCCUUGUCCCAAACUGCAACUUGUCUCAGCCCAACAUCAAGAUUGCAACCGCCGUGACCAGUGCCAUUGAGGUGCACGCCAGGUCGAAUGUUACUGUAGAAGCAGAGGGCAUAAUUCGGGAGCUCCCAGAGUCUCUCACCACAGCAUGCCCUUCAAGUGAGUUUUCACCACUGGACAACUUCAUGAAGCGUUAUCUGCAUGGAGAGGAUGCAGAAGUGUUUGUCCGCGGAAAAGCACCUGAGAGUGGUGACCUCCCGGGAUGGAUUGGCGACUUCAUUGAAAGCAUCACUGCUCCCGUCCAAUUCCCAGGACGCUCAUUGGAUAACUUCCUACGCAACUUUUCACUUGAUGACGUCGACUUCAAAUUGCCCAGUCCAUUUGCCGACCCAAGCGAUGUGGACAGCAAACCAAGGGUAUCUGGCACGGUGUUGAUCUUUGCUGCCAUACCUGCUGACCUGGACAUUAACAUUGAAGUCAACAGCCUCCGUGCCAACGGCGACCUCCUAUACAAGGGCACAAAGUUUGGAGAGCUGCACGUUGAUGAAUGGCAGAAAGCUACUUCGAACAUGAUCCACAACCCAGGCGACGAAGAGGAUUUACUCAAGGUGAUCUCGAGAAUCGUCGACACUCCCAUCGAUAUCACCGACAGCGACACAUUCUCAAACAUCAUACAAGAACUUUUAUUUGGCGACGAAGACAUCAUACUCGACGUUAAUUCCACUGUGGAUGUCAAGGUGUCGACAGUCCUUGGCAACCUUGUCAUAAGAAGGGUGCCCGCAGCGGGCAAAGUUCCCGUAAAACUGGAGGCAACAUGGGAUCCUCCCUCAUUUGGCGGAAAGAAGGCCCACAAAGCAGCUCGUCGUCUGCUAUCGGAGUAUCUGUCGGGAAAGAAUACAACUAUUACGCUGCGGACACACAACGGCACAAUUCCGACGAUACCAAUCAUUGGCGAAGCCCUGUCCAAGAUCAACUUGACGCUAUCAACACCCCGACUAGAUCUACCGGGUGGUGGGGACAGGGAAGGCCAGGGCUUCAUUCGGGACGCCAUGUUUCACAUUCUUUCAUCCACUGCAACAUUUAUGCUUGCCUCGCCACUGCGCUACGACACAGUUUAUAUAGAGUACAUCAACGCUACAGCCUUUUAUAAUUACACCGAGCCUAUUGGCCAAAUUAUACGCGACGAACCAUUCGACGUUUCGCCGGGUGUGUCGCGAACUCCACGACUACCAGUUGAAUGGUCGGCGGACCACGUGGGCUUGGAUAAGCUUAAGGAAGCCCUCGGUGGGAAGUUGAAGUUGGAUGCGGUGGCUGACGUUACGGUCAGGGUGGGAUAUUGGUUCGAGACGGUUCAUUAUGUAGGCAAGGGAAUUGGUGCGAGGGUUUCCUUGUGA